AUGCAACGGUACUUGGACUUCGACGUAACACCUUUUCUUGAUUCCCUGCAAAAGGCUGUCGAUAUAUGUACAGAAUAUGAUGUUAUACCACAUGUAGCUGAUGAACAUCAUCAGUACCUUGUAAUCUGCGACAGUGCCUUUGGUAUAUGCGAUUGUACCAUAAAGUUGGUGUUCUGUAGAUAUACGAGUUUUUCGGAGUUUAUACCCCAUAAUUUAUUGAACUAUCUACUGUUAAUAGCACCUAAUACAACAACAUUUUGGAAUUACAGACGUCAAUCUCUGCUGACGAGCAAUAAUGCUAAAGAGUUAGCCAAUGCAGAAAUCAAAUUUACUCAGCUGAUUCUAAGCAAAUAUCCGCGUUCAAAUGAAACCAUCCUUUAUCGGCAAUGGAUUGUUGAAAAGUGUAAUUAUCUACAAGAUGACGAAUUUUUAUUAAAUGAAUUCAAGUUAUGCAAUCGAAUUGCUGAUAAAUAUCGGUGUAAUUAUGGUUUAUGGCAGUAUCGUCGGUUUUUAUUGCGGCAUUCAAUGCCAAAGAUAUAUGACAAUGAGUUGAAGCAUAUGAAUGAAUGGUUAGAGAAACAUCCAACAGAUACAAGCGGUUGGAGUUAUUUGUUCACUGUCCUUAACAGUCUACUCAAGCAUUCCGUUCUUACCUCCACCUCCACCUCCCCGUCGUCGUCGUUAAAUAAUCAACUCCAGCUGGAGAGUGUUAAAGACAUCCUGAAAAAGUAUUUUGAAAAAGUUCACAAUAUCUUAAAAUUAUAUCCUGAACGAGAAUCCGUAUGGACAUUUAGGAGACAAUUGAUAACUCUAUGGCUUCAAUUACACCAGAAUCACGUGCAUGACAAUCCUAAUAUCGAGAAUAUUGAUUCUAUACUCAAUGAAGUGGAACCAUUGUUGCCUGAAUCACUCAACAUCAUUAGUGCAUUGAAAUUAUCCCGUGAUAAAUUAUUCCAUGGCUUAUCUUUCAAUGAAUUUUUAACUUGGUCCCAUAAAAAUAAUCUUUGUAAAGAACCUUCAUCACUGAAAUGGGUUGAUCUACUUCUUUUACGAUAUUUAUUUUGGUUAUCUGAACGUAUUACUGAUUCAUGCAUUAUUCAGUAG